AUGUCAACGCGAGAAAAAACUGCCAUGAAGAAGAUUUCUGAAGCUUUUCAACUCUUCGGAGGUGGACGAAGAAAGGAUAUGGACUCUAGCUCAAGGGUUGACCCGCCGAACUUAUCACAGUCGUCUGCCCAAGCCUCGUUCCCCCUCGGAUUCCCUGCCGGCGUCGAAGUUCUGCAUGACUGUCCCAACGCUACGGUCGAUAUAUGUUUCGUCCAUGGCUUGUCGGGUGACCGAACCACUACUUGGACUGCUCAGGACCAGUCUGAUCCAUGGCCCAAAACGCUUCUUCCGUCUAAGCUCACCACCGCUCGUAUAUUCACUUACGGCUAUGAUGCCUAUGUGGUGCGGCGGUCGGUUGCUGGAUCCAAUCGCUUAAUCGACCAUGCCACAGAUCUCUUGAACGACUUGACAACGGAUCGAGUUAAUCAUAAUGCAACGUCUCGCCCAAUCAUUUUCGUCGCUCACAGUCUAGGCGGAUUAAUCUGCAAGAAAGCUAUUCUGAGCUCCCGGAACAACCCUGAAGUCCAUCUACAGAAUAUCUUCAAAUACACUAAAGGCGUCAUCUUCAUGGGCACUCCACACAAGGGAUCGUGGAUGGCAAAGUGGGCCAAAAUUCCAGCUGAGCCUCUUGGACUGGUGAAGUCUAUGAACAAGUAUUUGCUUGAUAUCUUGCAGACGGAUAAUCAGUUUCUCCAAUCUAUCCAAACCGACUUCUUGUCAAUGAUUCGAGAACUCCAAGGCAACAGCAGACGCCUAGAAAUCACGUGCUUUUAUGAAGAGUUGUCCAUGCCUGGAAUCGGCAAAGUUGUUUCGAGAGAUUCGGCCACUUUUGAGGGCUAUAAUCCGAUGAGCAUCCACGCCGAUCAUUGUAAUAUGGUUCGUUUUAGCUCUGCAAAUGAUAAUGGGUUUAAAAGGCUGCUUGGAGAGUUAGUUCGAUGGGAGAAAGAGGAGAGAGAGGUCAGGUCUCUGCUAGAGCAUACUGAUGGACUUGCCAGUUGCACUUCCACCCGUGAACGACAAGCUAAGCGCGGUCGUGACAGCUUAGACGAAACUGUAUCAAAACGCCGCCACACAGCCUGGAAAAAUGAUUCCCAGGAAAGGGAUUAUUCCGAUGACACUGACUAUGAUGGAAGCAGCAUCUUUGGUGGUAUAGAUUACGCCGAGGAGCAUACCGCUGUGCAACCCAGUCAAGUAACUUGCAGCGGAGAUGGCUCAGAGAGUGAGGACCCAGAAGAAGACACCAGUGACGAAUACUUUCGAAGUUCUGAAGAUAACGAGGCACAUGAUGAAAAUCUUACAGACAAAUUUGCGCCGUUUUCUCAAAACACGGUUCACUCGGACGAAGAUAGCGGUGAUGAGACGGACUGGUAA